CUCACCACCUUCACAUCUCUCGUGACAUCACCCUCAAUCGCAUCCUUCCUUGCCUAAUAUGACAAGCAUGCAGGCAGGCGUAGCUGGCGGCGAGAACUCGGCGCAAGAAUCCAGUAGUAUGACUCGAAGAUUCCCAGACUAUUCUUACAGCAGAGAUCCGGAAUUGCUGCAGCUUGCCAAACAGGUGCGCGAUGAUCUCGACGACGUUGAUAAUUGGGGUCGCCUUGUAGACGCUGCGCAGGCACAAGAAGGCGGACUCAACCGUAAUUCCAAUCCGCAGGCAAUAUCGUCCACGAGAGAAACGUUUGAUUUUCUACUCGCGCGGUUUCCUCUAUUCUUCGGUUUCUGGAAAAAGUAUGCUGACCUUGAAUUCACUAUCGGUGGACCCGAGGCAGCAGAAAUGAUCUAUGAGCGCGGAGUGGCAUCUGUAGGCACAUCUGUUGAUCUCUGGACAAAUUACUGCGCCUUCAAAGUUGAGACCAGUCAUGAGCCAGAAAUCAUUCGAGUACUAUUUGAGCGUGCAGUCGAAUGCGCUGGACUCGAUUUCUUAGCACACCCUCUGUGGGACAAAUAUCUCGAAUAUGAAGAGCGUCUCGAAGCUCCGGAGCGUGUCUUUGCCAUUCUCGAUCGCAUCAUUCACAUACCACUGCAUCAGUACGCGCGCUACUUUGAAAAGUACUGCUUGGUUGCGCAACGACGACCUGUUGAAGAACUCGGCCCGGAUGCAGCAAUCGAGGGCAUCAAGGCAAGCGUCGCCAGGGAAAAUGCUCAGAGGGCCAUCAAACCAGCAGACCUCGAGCGUGAAGUGCGAACUCGUUGCGGCGUUCUGCAUCGACAGAUCUUUGAGCGGACACAAGCAGAAACGACGAAGCGUUGGGUGUUUGAGCAAGAGAUCCGACGACCUUACUUCCACGUGAGCGACCUGGACGAGCCACAAUUACAGAACUGGCGCAAGUAUUUGGAUUUCGAAGAGUCAGAAUGUCAACACGCCCGUAUAAGAUUCUUGUACGAGCGUUGUUUGGUCACUACUGCCAUGUACGAGGAAUUCUGGCUUCGAUACGCUCGGUGGAUUCUGGGCCAAUCUGUGAUCGAAAAGUACAUUCGGUCAGAAGAAGUCCGAUACGUAUAUCGGCGAGCAUGCUGCUACUUUGUCCCUGUUAGCAGUCCAGCCGUGCGACUCAACUACGCCAGAUUUGAAGAGUCUAUCGGCAACCCCGAGUCGGCGAUUGACAUAUUGGAGGAUGUUCUCAGAGUCAUGCCUGGAAAUGUCGAGACUACCCUCGCGAUCGUGAACACCCACCGACGGUCCUCGGGAGUGGACACGGCAAUCGAGAUGCUUUCACGCCAUAUUUCUGAGACCACAGAUGUCCACGUCCGGUCUGCUUUGAUAGUGGAGAAGACCCGACUUGUGUGGCGGGUCAAGGGCGAUGCUGUCCGUGCGCGCGCUAUUUUCCAAGAUCACCACAGCCAAGCAUUAGACAGCCGCAAGUUCUGGAUCGGGUGGUUCGACUUUGAGACCGCGCAGCCCACAUCAGAGGCGGACGAGGCGUCCAAUUUUGAGCGCAUCAAGCACGUCUAUGAGUUGUCGCGACGAGUGGCUCAGCUACCUGCAGAAGUGGGCCAGGAGUUGUCGUCCAUGUAUUUCCAGUAUCUGGAGGAACGUGGCGGCAAGAAUGCCAUGGAGGAAUUCAUCGAGCUCGACAGGGUGGUCAACGGCCCGGUCGGCGCAAAUCGUCAGGCUGAAAACAAUAUCCUGCUGGAUGGUAAGAGUGCAACUCAGCAUGCCGUUGCUGGUGUCAAUGGAACCUCCGGAGGAGCAAAAGUCGCCGAGUCUGGCAUUCCGAGAACUGCAAACCCGGUCUCUGUGCCGAUUGGCGGAUAUGAGAUGAACGGCUCGUAAGCUAGAUGGGACAACAAACCACCUGCGCCGUUCAGAUCAAGAAAUGCGACAUAUCGACUUCGCACUUUGCUUUUUGUAUGAUAGAUCUCCCGCGGCGUGACAAAGCCUGCCGCUGCUGUACAAUUUUCCGUGUCAUAUAGGUAUUAUACAAUGCAUUACUAUCGAUGCGUCGAGGCCUGGGAAAUAACACAAUCGGCCUCCGCCCGUCAACCAAA